AUGGAACGGCAAGUUUUCAUCACGUUUUUACAGUCGGUCGUGGCUGAAAUACGGUCGGGGAUGUAUGGCGGGGUGCGCGGGCAGGCUGCGCAGUGGCGGGGGCAUGCGCCGAGUGGGCGCCGCGGGGGCGACCCUACCACGUGUUCCAGAGAACUUGUUGAAGUCUCCUACGAGGGUAAGGGGAACACCAUGAAUGGUAUCCGACGA